CCCAAGUGAACGUCUCGUUCAUCCAUCCGUUCAUUUCUCAACAUGCGUUGUCUUUCCUACCUUCCACUGCUGGUCAGUACAGCAUCAGCUCUCGCUUUCCCUGGUGCUGAAGGCUUUGGCAAAGACGCCAUCGGCGGCCGCAAUGGUAAAGUCUACGUCGUCUCCAACCUAAACGACUCCGGCACCGGCUCGCUUCGCGAUGCCGUUUCGCAGCCAGAUCGCAUCGUCGUCUUCCAAGUCGGCGGUCUCAUCAAGAUCGAAGAGCGCAUUGUCGUCUCCAAGCGCGUCAGUAUCCUAGGCCAAACCGCACCAGGAGACGGCAUCACAGUCUACGGCAAUGGCUGGUCCUUCUCGAACGCGGACGACGCUAUCGUACGCUACAUCCGCAUUCGCAUGGGUAAGGGAGGAACAAGUGGCAAGGACGCAGCCGGCAUUGCCGAAGGCAAGAACAUGAUCUUCGACCACAUCAGCGUAUCAUGGGGUCGUGAUGAGACCUUCUCCAUCAACGGCGCCGCCACCAACAUCACCAUCCAGAACAGCAUCAUCUCGCAGGGUCUCGAGACGCACAGCUGCGGUGGCCUCAUGCAGACCGAACUCGACAACGGCAUCAGUCUUUUCAGGAACCUCUACAUUGACAACAAGACGCGCAACCCGAAGGUCAAGGGCACAAACGACUUCAUCAACAAUGUUGUGUACAACUGGGGUGGAGGUGGUGGCUACAUUGCCGGCGACUCAUCUGGCCAGUCCGAGGCGAACAUCAUCGGCAACUAUUUUAUUAGCGGACCUAGCACGAGCGUUACCGCUUUCACGCGCGGCAACGACAACUUCAAGGGCUACGUUGAGAAAAACUUCUACGACUCUGACAAGAACGGCGCUUUAAGUGGCACAGAGCUCGGCGCCUCGAGCUCCAACUACGGCGGCAUGGCAAUCAUGACAACGAAAUUCGCACACCCAGAACCUGCGAAGGUCUUGUCUGCUACUGAUGCGUUGACGUAUGUCCAGUCGUCUGUCGGAGCCAGCAAGGUCCGCGAUGCUGUUGACGAGCGCCUCAUCACGGAGUUGAAGAGUUAUGGCAAGGCUGGACAACUGAUCAGCGAUGAGAAUGCAAGCCCGAUGAAUGGGCCUGGAACUAUUGCUGGAGGUACCCCGUGGACUGAUGCGAACGGCAAUGGUAUUCCUGAUGAUGUUGAGGACAAGUUUGAUAAUGUGGAAGAUUGGGCCAACUCGCUUGUUUCGGGUGACUACUAG